UCUGAGAUUUAAUGUUAGACCACUUUUCACUUUUCUAGAAGUUUUAUUUCUACCAAGGUACUUAAUUGUUAUUUGUCUUUUUAGUAUUAAUAAAUUUUAUUUAUUGUUAAUGGCCAAACACCAUCCAGAUUUAAUCUUUUGUCGUAAACAGCCAGGUGUUGCAAUUGGUAGAUUAUGUGAUAAGUGUGAUGGUCGCUGUGUAAUUUGUGAUUCUUAUGUCAGACCAGCCACGCUUGUUCGAAUUUGUGAUGAAUGCAAUUAUGGAAGUUAUCAGGGACGUUGUGUUAUUUGUGGUGGUCCUGGAACCAGUGAUGCUUAUUAUUGCAAGGAAUGCACGAUUAUGGAAAAGGAUAGAGAUGGAUGUCCAAAAAUUGUCAAUUUAGGGAGUGCCAAGACGGAUUUGUUCUAUGAACGGAAAAAAUAUGGCUUUAAAAAAACUUGA